AUGACCAACUCUACCAAUACCGCCAAACCCUUCUCCAGCUACCAGCAUGACAUCUACAUCGCCGGCACAAAAGGCAUCAAGCCUAUCAUGACCACCAACCCCAACCUCUGGGAAUCCGCUGCAAAGCAAGUCAUGGAGCCCAUGAACUUUGACUACGCAAAGGGCGGCGCUGGCGCAGGCGAAACCGUCCGCAGAAACCGCGAGGCAUUUGACAAAUGGAGUAUUAUUCCGCGCAUGGUGAGGUCGAAUACGAAGCGGUCUCUCAAGGUGAAGGUGUUGGGCCAGGAGUGGGAUUCGCCGAUUGCCAUUGCGCCGGUGGGUGUGAAUCGUAUUUUUCAUCCGGACGGAGAAAAAGGCAUCGCCCACGCAGCAGGCAAAAUGGGCUCUCCAUACGUACUCUCCACGUUUGCAUCCGAGAGCCCCGAAGUCGUCGCGCAGGCCCAAGACGCCGCCGCAGGCCACGACCACAGCAUCCGCUGGCUGCAGCUAUACUGGCCACAGUCUGUCGACCACGACGUGACACGCUCCAUCCUACGCCGCGCAAAGCAACACCGCUACACGGCGCUCGUCAUCACGCUCGACAUCUUCUCGAUGAGCUGGCGCCCCAUGGACCUGGACAACGCCUACCUGCCACUAUACAAAGGCUACAGCACGGCACUGGGCUUCUCCGACCCGGUCUUCCGGCGGAAGUUCCGGGAGAAGCACGGCCACGAAGCGGACGAGGAUAUCCUCAAGGGUGCGUUCGAGUGGGAGAAUACCAUCUUCCCCAAUCUGGCGCAUACUUGGUCUGAGCUGGAGUUUCUGCGGAAGGAAUGGGAUGGGCAGAUUCUCGUCAAGGGGAUCCAGACGGCGACGGACGCUGAGAUGGCGGUGCAGGCGGGUGUGGAUGGGAUUAUCGUGUCGAACCAUGGGGGAAGACAGUAUGAUGGCGGGUAUGGGUCUUUGGACGCGCUGCAGGAAGUUGCAGAGGCAGUGGGGGACAAGGUCGAUGUUCUCUUCGACAGUGGUGUGCGGACGGGGGCAGAUGUCAUGAAGGCGCUGGCACUCGGGGCCAAGGCUGUGUUUGUUGGAAGACCGAUUAUCUACGGACUGGGGGCGAGAGGACAGGAAGGGGCGUUGCAUGUUCUCCGCUGUCUGUUAGCGGAUCUGGAGAUCAAUCUUGGUAUUACCGGUGUUCAGAAUGCGGUGGACUUGAAGCCGAGUGACUUGCGGCGAUAUGAAGCCAAAGCUAGUCUGUAG